AUGGCCUUUCUAAUGAAAAGUAUGUUGAGCAACCAGGUAAAGAAUUUGGGACUUGGAGGUGGAGGGGACGAAAGCAAAGAAGAAAGCACCCCUUCUGAUCCAGCAGCAGCUGCAGGAAUGACCAGAGAGGAGUAUGAGGAAUAUCAAAAGCAAAUGGUUGAGGAGAAGAUGGAAAGAGAUGCAGCAUUUGCACAGAAAAAAGCAGAGCGAGCUGUUCUGAGGGUUCACCUGAGAGAAAAGUACAGACUGCCCAAGAGUGAAUUGGAUGAGAAUCAAAUACAGAUGGCUGGAGAUGAUGUGGGAUUGCCAGAAGACCUUCAGAAGAUGGUGGCAGAAGAUCAGGAGGAGGAAGAAGACAAGGACUCUAUCCUGGGCCAGCUGCAGAACAUCCAGAAUAUGGACAUGGAUGCCAUCAAAGAGAAGGCACAAGCCACCUUCACUGAGAUGAAACAGGCAGCUGAGCAGAAAUGUUCCAUGAUGUAGAAGAGCCACCACUGCCCAAAGGCUGUAACUUCAGUCUUGUGUUGCUGGGGAUGCAGAGGGAGAGCAGGCAGAGGGAAGCCCUUAGCUCUAGAGCAUUCAAUGUAAAUAUAGAAAAGUGAUGAGAGAGAGACUUAAAACCCUGAGGGGAGAGUAAAAUUUUACCUGCUGGGACUGCCUAGAACAAAGUUAGAAUUGAUCCUCAGUUUUUAACAUAACUUUUUCCCCCAUGGAAAAAAUGGCUUUAAAACAAUUAAUAUUGGAAAACAAAUGUGCCUUUUUCCAUUUUUUCCACAUGACUGAAAUGCUAUUAAAUGUGUAUGUUUGAACAAAAUCGUACUUCUGAUACAUCACAUAGAGGUAACCACUCAUUUAAUCCUGCUUUCAGAAAUAAACAUACAUAUUUCCUAUAAGAACAUGUCUGUUUCAAGCAUCUUGAGGCAAACACAGCGCUCAGAUAUUGACAUUUGCUGCAAAACCUUGAUUUUUAGAAUCCUCUCAGUAUUAAGUGUAGCAAAAGGCAAAAAGUGAAGCAUGUAACUCAACAGCUUGGGCCAAAACUGUUGUCAUAUACACUGAGUGGGGGCUUGGAGGAAAUAAGGCUUGGUGGCUCUCAGUGAGCUCUGCUCUGGGGCAAUGCAGGCUUCUCCAGUCUGCUUUCACUCCCCAGCCUCUCAAAGCACUUCAAACACCAAGGGACAGCAGUGGCUCUCUGCUUGUCUGCUCUCUGUGCCAAAUUCUGGGGCUGGCGGUGCCGGCGCAGGGCCAAAAGCAGCUCCCCACACUGGUUCUGGGAGUUGUCUCCAACGAAGGCUAAAUGUGGAAGGUUAUGCCAGGGUGGGGCACCUAAACCUAAGGAAAGCCAUAGUUCUCACUAAUGUUAAAUCUGCCUGUGCCUAGGGGACAUGCAGGCUGCUACUCCCAAGGAAUUCUAGAAAAUUAAUGGCUUUGUAAGUUCUCCAAGAGCUAGCCUGGAAAUUAAAUUUGGAAAUUAAUACAUGUAGCACCUUCCUACAGGUUUAUAAGUCUCUUUCUCUCUCUCUCUC